AAAGAUUUUCUCUCGUUUUCCCUCCCCGGGCCAUCACGACGACCCGGAUUUCCUCCCCGCUCGACUUUAAUCUCCCCGCGCGGCCAGAUACUCCCCCGGGGCGCCUGAAGGAGGGGUGCAGGCCUGGCGGGGCGGCGGGAAUAAGGGUUCUGAGGGGGAUUUUCCGGUAUUUUAGGCGAGGUGUGUGGCGGGUCCUCGGGGCGGGGCUCGGGGCCAGGCGCGGGGCUCUCCAGUUAACAUAAGGGAGUGGAUGAAAGCAGGAGAAUGGCAGCGAUGGAGGAGGCGGAGUUUUCCAAGCCGGUCCACCUGCAGCGGCUGGAGCAGGCCCUCAAGCUGGAUCCGUUCCUCAACUAUGUGGAGAGUGUUCUGAACCAGCCCGUCAGUGACUACGAUACAGCCUCGGAGUCGGAGCUAGAAGGAGUGUCCCUGAAGAAUGGUGUGUCCAGGACCAAGGAAGAUCGCGAGAACGACAAGUCCCACCUCUACAACUUCUCCUUCGUGCGGCGGAAGCGUCAAUGGCUGAAGGAUGUGCUGGUGUCCUCCUCCUCCUCGUCCUCCUCCUCCUCCAGCGCUGAGGAGGAGGAGGAGGAGGAGGAGGAAGGGAGCGAGGAGGGGAGGAGGCUGACUUCGGCUGACCUGGAAGAUAUGCUCAGAGAACACAGGAUGAGAAAGCACCAUCAGUCACACUUCUACCAGAGUGAGGAGAACCGCGGGUACCUCUACUACAGUGCGGGUCUCCUCUCGCGGGUGGACAAGUACCCUGACCACCAGCGGUUCAUGGCGGGGACGCGGAGGAAGAAGAACAAGGAGAAGAGGGAAAAAGAGCGUCUCCGCAGAGUGAAGAAGGAGGAGGAGGAGGAGGACCUGGAGCCUAUGAGUCCUGCCGCCCAGAACGAGGAUAGUAUGCACAGCUUCCCCGAUGACGCCUCGGAUGACCUCACCGUCCCCGUCAAGACUGCGGCUGCUGGUGGGCGGGGCGGCAGGGGGGUGAGGCGGGACAGGAAGCAUAAGAAACUUGAUGCCCAGGCCCUCACCAUGCGGCGGCACAAGCUCUGGGUGGGCAUGGCCAAGAAGGAGGUGAGCCGGUGCCAGAAGAGCAAGGCGUCGUUCCGCAAGGAGGUGCUGCAGAACUGUAAGCGGAUGGCCACUGGAUGCAUGAGGGUGUGUCGACAGAAGGCUUUGCAGAGCCAGAAGACUGUGAAGGACAAGGUGUGGCUGCUUAAGAGGCUGACGAGGACCAUGCAGGCCGAGUGGAAGAAGUUCGACCGCAUCCUGAAGGAGCAGAACAGGCGGGCGGAGAAGGAGGCAGAGGAGCAGCGGAAGAUGGACAAGGAGAUUCUGGAGGUCAAGCGUCAACAGCGUAAGGUCAAUUUCCUGAUAACACUGCCGGAACUGUACGCACACUUCAUGAAGAACAAGAUGGGCUCGGCCUCCAUGGAUGACGCGGACACCAGCUCCAUUCUCAGGCAGCUGGAGGAUGACAGCUCCCUCCCAUCGUCUUCCUCCUCGGCGGAUGACUAUGAUUGUGAAGCCAUGAAGAUGCAGGCUCUGAAGACGGCCCAGGAAGCUUACAGUCUGCAGCAGGCCAAGCUUAACCUGUUCGCCGGCUCGCAGGAUAAAGAGGGGCUUGGUGGUGGCAACGGAGGCAGGGGUGGGGGGGCUAAGGAGGCCAAGGAUCACCCCCAGCCCCGGUGUUUCUGUGGGGUCCUCAAAAGUUACCAGCUCAACGGCAUGAACUGGCUGGCCAACCUCUAUUAUUUUGGCAUCAAUGGUAUUCUGGCUGACGAGAUGGGUUUGGGCAAGACCGUUCAGUCCGUCGCCUUCCUGGCCCAUAUAUGUGAACAGUAUGACACCUGGGGCCCCUUCCUCAUCAUCACCCCUGCCUCCACGCUGCAUAAUUGGACUGGCGAGAUUGCAAGAUUUGUCCCGGAUUUCAAGGUCGUGCCGUACUGGGGUAAUCCCGAGGAACGCAAGAACCUCCGCAAGUUCUUCGACGGCAAAAACCUCGGGUCGAAGGAGGCGAGCUUCCAUAUUGUGGUGACCAGCUACCAGAUCGUCAUCCAGGAUUUCAAGUUCCUCAACCGCUUGAAGUGGAAUUACAUGGUGCUGGAUGAGGCGCAGGCCAUCAAGAGUAUUAACAGUCAGCGGUGGAAGCUCCUCCUUGGGUUCAGCUGUCGUAAUCGCCUUCUGCUGUCCGGCACGCCCAUUCAGAACAGUAUGGCAGAGUUGUGGGCGCUGCUUCACUUCAUCAUGCCCUCGCUCUUCGACUCCCACCUGUGGUUCAACGAGUGGUUUAGCAAGGACAUCGAGGGACACGUGGAGAACAAGACACAUGUGGAUGAGAAACACCUGAAUCGGCUGCACAUGAUCCUCAAACCCUUCAUGCUGCGGAGAGUCAAGACGGAGGUGGAGAACGAACUUACCGACAAGAUUGAGAUCAUGAUGUACUGCCCCCUCACGCUACGUCAGAAGUUCCUCUACAACGGGCUCAAGAACAAGAUCAGUAUCGACGAGCUCCUGCGCUCUUCCAUGGGACCUUCCUCACAGCAGUCCUCCGUCACCUCCUCCCUCAUGAACCUGGUGAUGCAGUUCAGAAAGGUCUGCAAUCAUCCUGAGCUGCUGGAGAGGCGCGAGGUGCGUUCCCCCUACACCAUGCGCCCCCACCCCUACCACAUACCUAAGCUGGUGUUCCGCGAGGCCCACCUGCUCCACGCGCCGCCCUCGAAGUUCCACAUCCUCCACAACAAACUCAGCAUCUUCCACCCACAGUAUAUCCACAAGGAUCUUCACCGUGCUGGGAAGGGCUUGAAGGGAGAAGGAGGAGUAGGCGAGCGUUGUUUUUCCUUCCUCCGGUUCAUCCACAUGAGUCCACAAGAGGCCUCGCAGACCAUGUUCGGGGGGCUGCUGGCCAGGUUCAUGCUCCUGGUUGCAGCCGUUCAGUACGCCAACAUUCUCUACCUCCGCAACGCCUGGACCAACCACGAGGAGGAGGAGGAGGAGGAAGACCGACAGAGGAUCAAGAGCAAGACACGACCCACCAGAACACCCGCCAAGGCAUCCGGCAAGGACCUGUUCCUCAUCCGGCCAGGGUCCACUUCGUUCCUCUGUGCGCCGCUCGUGUCAUCCAGCCCGGCGUUGCAGGAGCUGGUUUUCACGUCCCACACGUCAUCCGUCUACACUUUCACCGAGCACGUCAUCCACCACAUCCCCGAGACCAUGAACCACCGGAUUAUGAGGUCCAAAAAAGCGCAGAAACCAUUAGUGGAAGUCCUGUCCGACACCCCGACGGACCCCAACGCAUCCCCCGACUCCAGCAACCCCGGCAGGACCUCAAACACCACCUCCUCACCUCCACAGAAGCCUGGUGGUGGAGGUGGAGGUGGAGGUGGGUCGGCAGGGAAGUCCAGUGGGUCGCAGCGGUCCGGGGGUUCAAGGUCGCAUCGGAAGUCCAGCUCGGGGUCAAGGCAUGGGUCUCGGAGGGGCGGCAGCGGAGCGGAGAAGCAGAAGGACGCAUUAGUGGAGGUUGGUGGGGAGGAGGGGAAGAGCCCUGGGGAGGAUGUUGCGCUGCUCCCCGAAGUCCCCCACAUCGUGCGGCCCCCCUUCCUGCGCCUCUCCCAGCCUACCCUCAUGCCUCCCUUCCUGCUGCACACUUGUCCUAGGGCACAGUGUCUUGAGAAGGAGCUUUUCUGCCACGAUCGCACGGCUGCUUGGUGGCGGAUGAGGUGGGGCCAGUUUGACUCACUCCUCGGGCAAACUUACGUCAUCUAUGGCUCUGAGCAGAAUGAACAGGAGUGGCAGGAGAGAAAGAGACGGUUCUCGGGGAUAGGCGCCGGUGGGGGGAUGCGCGGCUGCUACCCUCGGCUGGGAUGGAGCCACAUAAUCAUACCCGACAAGCACUCCCUGAUCAUGGACGCGGGCAAACUCUAUGUGCUGGACACCCUUCUCUCUCAGCUCAAGUCCGGGGGUCACCGUGUUCUGAUCUACUCCCAGAUGACCAAGAUGAUUGACCUACUGGAGGAGUAUAUGUGGCAUCGUAAACACAAAUUCAUGCGGUUGGACGGUUCCUCAAAGAUCUCCGACCGUCGGGACAUGGUUGCCGAUUUCCAGACCCGCGCGGAUAUAUUCGUCUUCCUUCUGUCUACACGAGCGGGCGGUGUGGGCAUCAACCUUACAGCGGCGGACACGGUGAUCUUCUACGACUCCGACUGGAACCCUACCGUGGACCAGCAAGCCAUGGACCGCGCGCAUCGGCUGGGCCAGACCAAACAAGUGACGGUGUACAGGCUGGUAUGCAAGGCGACGAUUGAAGAGCGGAUUCUGCAGCGGGCCAGGGAGAAGAGCGAG